AAACCCCCCGGUCCCAAUCCAAACAGCUACCUGAGAGAGCGAGGCCCGCCAGCCUCAUCACCAUCUAUCUAAGGUUAAACGUAUCUUCUGAACCUCGAAUCUAACCCACCAAUUCUCCCACCGUCCAUUUUCUACAACCGCUUAGCCUGGAUCUCUGAAGUCUGUACCGCAGACAUGGCCGACCGUUACUCCUUCUCUCUGACCACAUUCUCGCCGAGUGGAAAGCUCGUGCAGAUUGAGUAUGCCCUCAAUGCAGUCAAUCAAGGUGUCACAGCGCUAGGAAUCAAGGCCACCAAUGGUAUUGUUCUUGCCACCGAGAAGAAGUCAUCAUCACCCCUCGCCGACCCUUCCUCGCUUUCCAAGGUCAGCCUAGUCACACCCAACAUCGGCAUGGUAUAUGCCGGAAUGGGCCCCGAUUACAGAGUGCUCGUCGACAAGGCACGCAAGGCAUCCCACGCCGGCUACAAGCGAAUCUACAAUGAGUACCCUCCCACGCGGAUACUGGUCCAAGAUGUCGCCCGAGAGAUGCAGGAGGCAACGCAGUCUGGUGGUGUGCGACCCUACGGUGUCAGCUUGCUGAUCGCUGGCUGGGACGAAGGGAUCUUGCCAGAUGAAGAGGCGUUGGUACAAGACGAGGUCAUCGACGCCGAAGGUAACAAGAAGAAGGUCUCGGGCAAGACUGGUGGAGUUCACAAGGGCGGUCCCAUGCUGUACCAGGUCGACCCCUCCGGCAGUUACUUCCCCUGGAAAGCAACAGCUAUUGGCAAGAGUGCCGCAUCGGCCAAGACUUUCUUGGAGAAGAGAUACACAGAGGGCUUGGAGCUCGAGGACGCAGUGCACAUUGCUUUGCUGACCCUGAAAGAGACGAUCGAGGGUGAAAUGAACGGAGAGACGAUUGAGAUUGGCAUCGUUGGACCUCCGGCGGACCACCUCCUUGGUGUCGAGGGUGUUGCGGGUGCUGUUGGCCCUCGCUUCAGGAAGCUGACUCCUCAAGAGAUUGAGGACUAUUUGACGAAUCUAUGAUCAUGGGGCGUUACGGAUAUCGAGGCUUGUGCUCACAUGUACCAUAGAACAGCAUAGACGGUUCAGAAGGCGAAGAGUUUUCACGCUGCGUUGGUAUUUGUGCGCACUAUUCUUUGCGGACGAUGACGAACGUGUUCCGCGGACCGCAGGCAACGCUAUGUAUGGAACUGCCAGGCUCUAAAGGGAACGGCACCUUCGUCCAAGACACUGUCUUCUUCUCUUUUGGAAGUCCAAGCUGUCCAUUUGCAUUCUCGCCAAUAACAAAAAG